AUGCAUCGCCUGAAACAGCAGAUUGUCAUGUUUCUUCGUCGGAUUUGGCCGCCAGCCGAUGGACUCUGCCCGACAUUUGCGCUGAACAGUGAUCUGGCGUUAACCGGCAAUAGCUCCGGUCGGUUGAUGCAAGUUGAAGAUAUUAUCGACAGGCUUCGUGUUGCAUUGGGUGUGCCAAAAAUUCGGACGUGCGAUGCGAAAAAAGUGACCAGGAAAUUCGAUUGUCAUCGACUGUUGCAGCUGAAGAAAAAUCUGGUAGUGUGUCAGCACUGUGGCAGCUAUCACGAAUUUAAUAGGAUCUGCGAGAAGCAGUCAACAAAUGUGAAGUUCGAUGACGACGCACGGCCUCAUUCCCAGAAUAUACGAGGGCACCCUGUAGCUGAUGCGACAGAUACACAACGAAUUGUUGAGCUCGGUAUUCCACGACCAACGUGGUUCAAACCUAAAUUUUUUGAUAAUUCUUUUCGUGAUGACAAACACUGA